AAUUAAUAAACACACACACACACACACACACGUCUGAUGAACCUUUUUUUGAUUUGUUGGGCUUCUUUAUUCAGUAAAAUCAAGAAAUACCCAGAUUGUCUUUUUUCUUUUCCUUCUCCAUUUUCUCCGAUUCUUUAUUACUUUUAGGCUUGUUUUGUCUAUUUCAUUUGUAUUGAGAUAUGGGCUUAGUAUCUUGUGUAUAUUUAUAGGAGUGAGUGAGAGAGAUACUCCAUAAGAGAAGGGUCAUUUUCUUUUGUUAUCUUUUAGCUCUCACAUUAUUAAAGAUUGGAUUUUGUGGUAUUGUGAAAGCACUUGAAUUGGAAUGGAACUCAAUUCAAGAAACGUCAACAAGUUGAAGAAAAUAUGUGUCUUCUGUGGGAGUAAUCCAGGCCACAGACAAGUCUUCAGUGAUGCAGCUAUUGACUUGGGAAAUGAACUGGUGAAGAGGAAAAUAAACUUGGUUUAUGGAGGUGGGAGUGUAGGGCUAAUGGGACUAUUGUCACAGAGAGUUUAUGAUGGUGGUUGCCAUGUUCUUGGAGUUAUCCCUAAAGCGCUUGUUCCUGUUGAGAUAUCAGGAGAGACUGUUGGGGAAGUGAGGAUCGUUUCUGACAUGCACGAAAGGAAGGCUGAUAUGGCUCGUGAGGCUGAAGCGUUUAUCGCUCUUCCUGGAGGAUAUGGAACGAUGGAGGAGUUACUCGAGAUGAUAACUUGGGCACAGCUUGGGAUCCAUAAAAAGCCGGUUGGCUUGCUCAACGUUGAUGGCUACUACGACCCUUUGCUUGCGUUAUUCGAUAAAGGUGUUGAAGAAGGCUUCAUAAAACAAGCUGCAAGGCACAUAGUUCUUUCAGCUCCUACUGCUGAAGAGCUGCUAACAAAAAUGGAGCACGCCCCUUUUGAUGACCACGUUGCGCCUCAUGAAAGCUGGCAGAUGGAGCAACUGGGGAACUACCCAACGGAGAGUGAGACGUGAGGGGGAGUUCCUUUUUGUGGUAGGCCUAUCGACUCGAUAGAAACCUGAUGUGAUUAAUUCUUGUUGCAUAGUGUGUUUAGAGUUUGUGUGGGAAGGGGCCACCAUAAAGUUCAACUUCCCAUCACACUUAUUGCUUCUGUUUAGGCUUCAUUUUUACUGUUGUUUUCUUUACAGUGCUGAAAUGCACAAUGUCGAUUCAAACUUGGAUGCUUCGAAACUA